AUGUCCCUGGAAGUCUGCAGGGUGGUCGCAAGUGCCCUCCGGAGAUCCUUACUGAAUGCCAAGAACCACCUCAGGUGCUGGGCGCCGACUUCCCUCGCGAUGGCCAUGGAGCCGCUCUUUCUGUCUCUGUUUCUGUCGGCGGGCCACCUCACGAAGCUGGAGGGGGUCGUGAACGCCAGCUUGGUGCUGGCCAGGUCGAGCCAGCACCUGCCGACGCUCAUCCCGGGGCGCGGCGCAAAUGAGACCUGCAGGGCGGCGCCUGGGAGCCCAGGUGCGCACCGCCCGUGCAGUCCGCCGAUGGGGUCGCGGGCGCUCUCGGCCCACUCGGCUGCGGAGCACGGCGGCGGCGGCGGCCGCACUCCCAAGGGCACGUCGGGGCGGCGAGGACCUCGUGGGCUGAGGGCCGCCAGGGGGCUGCAGACAGAAGCAGUCAAGCAGAGGCGGCUCAAGCUCAUGGCAGAUUCUCAAGUUUGGAAGCAAUGGGCCCAGCACAGGGAGGCCCCCGAUCUGCAGACGCAGCUGCCCCCAGCAAGGCCGACUGCAAUCCGCUUGCGGCCCACGUCGAACAAAGGCUUCAGGGCGAAGGUGCGCGCCGGCAUCAAGUGGCAGAAGGAGAUGGCGGAUUUGUUGAACGGCUACUUGGACAACAUCGCUGGUGCGUUCAAGGAACGGACGCCAACUGUACUCUGCGGUCGUUGGCGUCGGCGGCGAAGUGCGAACCCUGCCCUCGCCGAUCCGCGAUGCAAGCGAGGUGAUGGGCGGCGGGGGUAG